AUGUCGCUGUCAUCGGAGAAGCGCGAUGAAUACUCCCGGAUCAUCGACUCGAUCCUCGCAAAGAGUGAUCUGAACACAAUCUCUGAGAAACGGAUCCGGAAAGGGCUUCAGGAAGUCAUUGGCUAUGAUCUCACUCCGCAGAAGGCUGAAAUCAAACAACUGAUUAUGGAACGCUUCGAUAUCUUUGCUGGUAACAAUGGUGGUCAAUCACCCGAGGAGACACAGACAACAAAUGGCCAAGCACAUGCGAGUUCUGUGCCCUCGCCCCCUCCCUCUACCUCGCCUGUGAAGCGGCAGACAGAUAGCGAGGAUGCUCCUGAACCCACAAGUGCGCCGCCUGUCGCCAAGAAACAAAAAGUCGAUACGGAUGUCGAUGCCGACGCUGCAUUCGCGGCCAGGCUCCAAGCGGAGGAAAACAUGCGAGCACGGCAAACAAGAGGUGCAGGCACGAGACGCGCCGCUCCACCUAAGAAGAAGAGCAAGCCAAAGACAUCAAAACGUGUAAAGGCCGAGGAUGACUCGGAUGUUGAUUCCGGUCCAGAUUCUAAGAAGGAGGUCAAUCGGUCAGGUGGAUUUCACAAACCCUUGAAUCUAUCACCUCCGCUAUCCGCAUUAUUAGGCGAAACAACGCUUUCGCGCCCACAGACAGUCAAACGGGUCUGGCAAUACAUCCGGGAGAAUGAGCUCCAGGACCCAAGUGAUCGUCGUCAAAUUCGCUGUGACGACGCCAUGCGGGCUGUGUUCAAGCAGGACCGAGUCCACAUGUUCACCAUGACUAAGAUUCUCAACCAGAACUUGUACAACCCUGAAGAAUAG